GGGAUGCGUGCGGCCCGAGGGAGCCGGUAGGCAGCGCCCCGCGUGCAGGGCGCGCCGGGCCGCGCGGCCGCUCGUCCGCGAGGCUGCGCGGCGGGCCGGGCAGAGCCGGAGCAGCGCCCGGCAUGUCGCAAGAGCUCCCGGCUGCCGGCAGCGUCCUGCACAGGAGCGUCUCGGCGCCCGGGAACCAGGCUCGGCCACAGAGCCCUGAGGAUGACGACAGGAAGGUCCGGAGGAGGGAGAAAAACCGAGUUGCUGCUCAGAGAAGUCGGAAGAAGCAAACCCAGAAGGCUGACAAACUCCACGAGGAGUAUGAGUGCUUGGAGCAAGAAAACACAGUGCUUCGGAGAGAGAUCGGCAAGCUGACGGAGGAGCUGAAGCACCUGAGCGAGGCGCUGAAGGAGCACGAGAAGGUGUGCCCACUGCUGCUGUGCCCCCUGAACUUUGUGCCCUUGCCGCGGCCGGACCCUGUGGCCGGCUGCCUGCCCCGGUGAAGCCCAGAGACGGCCCUCCUCGGCUCAGUGAGGAGCCCGACGAGUUGGUGUCUUUCACCCCCACUGGAGGAGGCUUCUCUCCACGUCCGGGCGCCUGGGUCACCUCUUUGGAGCUCUGGGUUCGGUCCUCGGUGGCCCAGGCUCAGCGUGACGCUCCCCCUCCCUGCAGGAGCCUGACUCAGAGCCUGCAGUGGAGCCAGGCCGGAGUCGCUGUGCUUCCGCUUUGGCAGCUAGCACCUUCCCUUGCAGAAUCAUUUCCCCUAGGUAUGCAUAAUAAAGGCAUUGUCGGGACUUCCUUGGUGGUCCAGUGGCUAAGACUCCCAGCUCCCAAUGCCCCUGGUUCCAUCCCUGGUCAGAGAACUAGAUCCCACAUGCCACAACAAAAGAUCCUGCGUGAUGCAGCUAAGACCCAGCUCGGCCAAAUAAAUAAAUAAAAAUAUUUUUUAAAAAGGCA